UACAAUAAAGCAAUCUGCUCAAAAGAGUAAAGAAAAGGAGAAAAAGAGAGUGAGAGAGAGAGAGAGAAAAAGACUAUGGAUCCUGAAGGUUUCACGAGUGGCUUAUUCCGAUGGAACCCAACGAGAGCAUUGGUUCAAGCACCACCUCCGGUUCCACCUCCGCCGCAGCAACAGCCGGCAACACCUCAGACGGCUGCUUUUGGGAUGCGACUUGGUGGUUUAGAGGGACUCUUCGGUGCUUACGGUAUACGUUUUUACACCGCGGCGAAGAUAGCGGAGUUAGGUUUUACGGCGAGCACGCUUGUGGGUAUGAAGGACGAGGAGCUUGAGGAGAUGAUGAAUAGUCUCUCUCAUAUCUUUCGUUGGGAGCUUCUUGUUGGUGAACGGUACGGUAUCAAAGCUGCCGUUAGAGCUGAACGGAGACGAUUGCAAGAAGAGGAGGAGGAAUCUUCUAGACGCCGUCAUUUGCUACUCUCCGCCGCUGGUGAUUCCGGUACUCAUCACGCUCUUGAUGCUCUCUCCCAAGAAGAUGAUUGGACAGGUUUAUCAGAGGAACCGGUGCAACACCAAGACCAGACAGAUGCGGCUGGGAAUAACGGCGGAGGAGGAAGUAGUUACUGGGAAGCAGGUCAAGCAAAGAUGAAGAAGCAACAGCAGCAGAGACGGAGAAAGAAACUGAUGGUGACGUCAGUGGAAACGGACGAUGACGUCAACGAAGGUGAGGAUGACGACGGGAUGGAUAACGGCAACGGAGGUGGUGGUGGAUUGGGGACAGAGAGACAGAGGGAGCAUCCGUUUAUCGUAACGGAGCCUGGGGAAGUGGCACGUGGCAAAAAGAACGGCUUGGAUUAUCUGUUCCACUUGUACGAACAAUGCCGUGAGUUCCUUCUUCAGGUCCAGACAAUUGCUAAAGACCGUGGCGAAAAAUGCCCCACCAAGGUGACGAACCAAGUGUUCAGGUACGCGAAGAAAUCGGGAGCGAGUUACAUAAACAAGCCGAAAAUGCGACACUACGUUCACUGUUACGCUCUCCACUGCCUAGACGAAGACGCUUCAAACGCUCUCCGAAGAGCGUUUAAAGAACGCGGUGAGAACGUUGGCUCGUGGCGUCAGGCUUGUUACAAGCCACUUGUAAACAUUGCUUGUCGUCAUGGCUGGGAUAUAGACGCCGUCUUUAACGCUCAUCCUCGUCUCUCUAUUUGGUAUGUUCCAACUAAGCUGCGUCAGCUUUGCCAUUUGGAGCGGAACAAUGCGGUUGCUGCGGCCGCGGCUUUGGUUGGCGGUAUUAGCUGUACCGGAUCGUCGACGUCUGGCCGUGGUGGAUGCGGCGGCGACGACUUGCGUUUCUAGUUUGGUUUGGGUUGUUGUGGUUUAUUUAGUCGUUAUCCUAAUUAACUAGUAGUCUUUAA